AUGGUCGCGUCCUUCCUGGCUUUCCUGAACCUCUGGCUGCCCACCCUGCUCUGUUUUAGCAGCCUGAUGCCUCUGGCAGCCGGUGACAGCAGAGGGAUCGAAAAGUCCUUCGAGCGAAUGCCUGAAGUAUGCAGAAUUCAGGCGUUGAAUGAUCCAGGACUGACGCAUGUCAUUGUUGGGGACAAGCUGGAGGGGCUCCAGGGCUUCCAGCCACCCAAGCGUGCCAAGAUAGUGCAGGCGAGGGGGCCGAUGCGCAAGUACAAGAAAUGGCUGGGGCACUGGCGGCCAGAGUACGACCACAUCAAGACUGAGAGCGAGCUCAUGCUCAUGGCGGCGUACGAUGAGAGGAACGACGAGCGAGUGGGCAACGGCGCCAUUGUGAAAGCGCUGGUGGAAAUGGAGAAGUACUGGGACGCUCUGGAGGGCGACUUUGUGCGCGAAGUAGCAGACCCUGGUCCGGAUGAGCCUCCCACCCGCACGCAGCAAAAUGUCAACCACAAAUCGCUUGGCUUCGCGCGGGCGGCGUCGGCUGUGCGCGCAUGCGCGUUCAAGAUCGAGCCGGGCACGCGGCCGGAGGACCUGAAGAACCAGCUGCCCUUUGUGGGCGGUGCGCGCGCGGUGCAGAUCUGCGAAAUUGCCGCCACCGGGACCACCCUGGAGCUCGAGCAGCACCGGGCGGGCGUGCAGGUGUACAGCUCGCCGGACGCGAAUGGGCAGCGGAAAAUGUACGAGCAUGCUGUGGGCAGCGUGGCUCGGCGGCAGUUCAAGAAGCUGCCGGGGGUCGGAUCGGCCACCGCCAAACGAUGGUAUGACCUGGGGCUCAGGACGCUAGAUGACGUGGCCGAGGCCGCAAAGCCGGGGGGCCCGCUGGCGAUAGGGGGGGUGGCCCCCCUGACAGUGGCGCAGGCGUUCUCGGUGGCGCACCGGGGGGACCUGCUGGAGACCUGCACCGAAGAUGAUGUCGAUGAAAUGCGCCGCGAAGUGUUGGACGCCCUCACCACUGUCGCCGGCAACGGGUGGGUUUUGCAGAUCGUGGGCGGGGCAGCAAGGGGCCUCGCCUCGCACGACGCAGACUUUGUCGUCUCGAACAAGGAAACGUCGACAGAGGGCAUUGGAAACCUGCUGUAUGACGAGCUGUGCGCGCGGGGCCGCCUCUUCCCCAAGUCAGAGGCCAUGUGCCUGACGCAGUCAUCGCGCAUGCCCACCCACCUGCAGUCGAUGCGGGAGGAGGUGUCGCGCAAGCAGACAGCCUCCUUCUUCACCCUGCACAACCUGUCAGCAGACCGGCACGAUCACAUAUUCGGCAACUACCUGACGGAGGCCGGCAAGGUGCGGCGGCUGGACGUGAUCAUAGCACCGCCUCAGGAGCGCGCCGCGUGCAUCCUGGGCUGGACCGGGUCCCGCCAGUACCUGCGAUUCCUGCGCCAGUACGCGGCCGACCGCGGCAUGCACCUCAACUCUCAUCGGAUCAUGCGCAGGGUAGGGAACACAGCGAUAGUGGUGCCGGACGAGGGGCCCCCGCUGGACCGGGACGGGACCCCCCGCUGGCCACCGGGGUGGGGAUCCGGCAGGACGGUGGAGACCGAGGCCGACAUCUUCGAGCUGCUGGGGCUCCCCUACCGCCCGCCUCACGAGCGCAACGCCCCCUGA